AUGAAGCUCUUUUUAACAAUCAUCAGCCUGGCCGUCCUGCUGGCGGUUGCCUCUGCCGGCCAUAUAAGAAGCGGUUGGUCCUAUCCCUCCGGAUGGGGCGGCGGCAGCGGCUGGGGCGGCGGCAGCGGCUGGAGCGGCGGUAGUGGCUGGGGCGGCGGUAGAGGCUGGGGCGGCUCCUACCCGAGCGGCGGGUACGGCAACGGUGGAUGGGGAUACGGCAGAAACGGCUGGAGUGGCAGAUCCGGUGGAUGGAACUAUGGAGGCAGCGGCGGCGGCUGGUGGUAG